GACAGGUCGGGGAUCCCUGCCUCCGCUCCCCCGACUGCUCCGACGGUCUUUGCUGCGCUCGUCACUUCUGGACCCGCAUCUGCAAACCCGUGUUGCAGGAGGGACAGGUUUGCACGCGACACCGCCGGAAGGGGAACCACGGCCUGGAGCUGUUCCAGCGCUGCCCCUGUGGUGGUGGACUCGGCUGCCGGACGCUACGGGAGCGCAACGCCCCGUCUUUGUCCACGUCUUCUUCGUCUUCGUCGUUGCUUGCGGCGGCAGCGGCAAAGUCCAAGAUGGCGGCGUCCCCGUCUCGCCACUCGACUCCGCAGGCGUCACCGCUGUCCUCCUCGUCCUCGUCGGCAAAGUCCUCGCCUUCGAAGGCGAGACUUCAUCUGUGCCAGAAAAACUGAGGAGGAAGACGAAGGAAAGAAGGAAAGGAAGGAAGGAAGGAAAGGACUCCGAGAGACUGAAUAACCAAAACCUGGUCGCACCUGUGUGAAGCCCCGCCCCCUCCGUCCAGAACUGCCUCAUUGCUAAUGAGCUUCCUGUCGGGCGGCAUUCACACAAAGUCAGCGGGACGUGAAACUCUUUGUGGUUCAGAUCUGGUUUCUGAAGUCUAGACCAGCAGGAAGCACUUUGAAGUCCGGUUUGACCUCAUUUACACCAACAGACAACACAGAACGACUAUAUCAUCACAUAUCUUUGUUCUCAAGCAGGGAAACGUUCACUAAUCUCAGUAUCGUUCUCAUCUCGUCUGAGGAGCGACUUCCUUUCACUUUCCUUCAACAUAUUUAUAAAGAUUUUCAAAACAAAAGCCUUAAAUUACACUGAAUGGAGAGAUGUCUGCGACAAGCCAAACACUGUUAUCAAAAGCAACCAUUUUUACAUUGUUUUUCUUAUUUUAAUGUAAGUAUUCUGAUAACAUUUAAGAUAAGAUAAAGUAAGACAUCGUCAUGUAAAGUGUCACAUUAGCUUUAAAUUUAUUUAAAAAAGGAAAAACUGAACUUAAAUCCUACAAUUCUUCGUCUGUUUUGCCACAAAUAUGUAAAAGCUGGAAGGAUGAGCUGAA